UUGAUUUCAUCAUUCCGUUUUCGCUUUAGUCAGCAAUCAAUCGAAGUUAAGGAAACUGACUCAAAGGAUAGGGAGUUAGAAGACUUCAAAGAGGCAAAGAAUGAAACUGAGGCAUCAGAAAGUCUUAAUCCGAUGCCGUAUCGUCGCCGAGCCCUCUCGUUUAAAAUGGUCCCAUCACAACACGACACCGUCCUCAAUAAUCUCGGUGGCACUUCAAUUCAGGACGAAUUACCAUCCUCUUCCGUCAACAGUUCAGGUGAAGGUCUCGGGCUUUUGGAAGUGAAAAUACCCUCCCAUUUUCGCAAAAGGAGCGCUUCCCUAAGUCCUGACUUCUGUCUCAAUCUUCCUGAUCCACCGCUUGAAGUGAAGAUUCUGCAAUUCAAAGAGGCAAAGAUGCGUGGAGUUACGGAUCCUGAAGUGUUGGCUGAUAUUCAACAUCAGCAGGAGCAGCAGCAGCAGCAGUUGUCCCCCAUUUUGAUGAAUGUUCCAGAAUGGGAAGAGGAUGUUGAAGAGGGCGAUGAGGAGUCUGGUGGUGAGAAUGUAGAAGUUGCUGGUUAG